GCGUCCGCUCAAUCCGGACUAGUGUGUACCAUCCCCAGACUGAUGGCCUGGUGGAGCGGUUUAACAAAACGCUAAAGAACAUGAUUCGUAAGUUCGUACACGAGGAUAGUCGUAAUUGGGAUAAAUGGUUGGACCCUCUGUUGUUUGCAGUGCGGGAGGUGCCCCAGGCCUCCACGGGUUUUUCGCCCUUUGAACUCCUGUUCGGCAGGAAACCUCGGGGUGUCUUGGACCUGGUUAAGGAAAACUGGGAGGCGGGUCCAAGCACCAGUAAAAAUGAGGUACAGCACGUACUGGACCUGCGAGCAAAACUCCAUUCACUGGGUCAGUUAUCACGGCAGAAUUUGCUUCAGGCCCAGGAACGUCAACAGCGGCUGUACAACAGAGGGGCUAAACUUAGACAGUUUUCACCGGGAGAUAAAGUGCUUCUAUUGCUACCAUCGUCUAGCUCCAAAUUACUCGCCAAGUGGCAAGGGCCCUUUGUGGUCACACGGCGAGUGGGGGAUGUUGACUAUGAGGUUGUGCGUUCUGACAGGGGUGGAGCAACACAGAUUUACCACCUUAACCUCCUCAAAGCCUGGAGGGAGGUGGCGUCUGUUUCUCUGGCCACCACGGUGAUUGAGAGAGAUGAGCUGGGACCGGAGGUGAAUAAAUUAAACAGGUCGGCGCCGGUCCCCGUUGACGAUCAUCUCUCGCCGGGCCAGAGAGCAGACGUGGCCUCGUUGCAGCGGCAGUUUGCCGACGUGUUCUCUCCCCUGCCGGGACGCACAAACCUCAUACACCACCACAUAGAAACUUCCCCGGGUGUGACAGUGCGUUCACGACCCUAUCGCCUGCCGGAACAUAAGAGGAAAACUGUUCAGGCAGAACUUCAGGGAAGUGUGCAGUUGGACGGAGGGAGGUACGGUAUUUGGGGUACCACUUGGGGGGAGGGCAGGUGCGGCCACAGAUACAAAAGACCGCAGCGGUUGCAGCCUGCCCAAGACCCAAGACCAAAAAAGAGGUUAGGAGGUUUCUGGGGCUGGCCGGUUACUAUAGGAGGUUCAUCCCGGCCUUCUCGGAGCUGACCAGCCCCCUAACCGACCUGACCCGAAAAGGUGCCUCAGAUCCGGUCCAGUGGACGGAGCCGUGUCAGCUGGCGUUUG